CGCUGCGGCGCUUCCGUCGCGGCCUGAGGGCGAGCGGAGGCGGGAGCCGGGCCCAGCCGCGCCGAGCCGUGCCGAGCCGCGCCGAGCCCAGCCGCCGCUGCCGCACCGACAUACGCCAUGGCCAGCUCCCCCGUGUCCCGCGUGGUUUACAACGGCAAGCGGAGCGGCGGCCCGCGCUCCCCCGGCGCCGGCAGCGAGAUCUUCACGCCGGCCCACGAGGAGAACGUGCGCUUCAUCUACGAGGCCUGGCAGUGCGUGGAGCGGGACCUGCGCAGCCAGAUGGGCUCCGAGCGCGGCCUGGUCGAGGAGUACGUGGAGAAGAUGCCGAACCCGAGCCUCAAAGCGUUUAAACCCGUCGACCUGGGUGAUCUGAAGAGGAGGAACACACAGGAUGCCAAGAAGUCCUAAGGCGGGUCCUCCCUGCGGAUCGACUGGUCUCCUAAGGUCCUCAAGCAGAUUUAAUUUGAGAUUUUGUGUUGAUUUCCUUCUCUGGUCUGUACUCCUAAAAGCCUGCAGGAGAGCCAGUCAGCUUUGGGGCUGGCUCUGAAGCUACCUGAAAUCAAAGAUGCUCAGAGGCUCACUGAGGAUGCCCAGAGCCUGUGGCAAAGGAUUCCAGCCCCCCACUCGUAGCUUUCUCUGGCCUCGAGCUGUCCUUCCCCACUUCACGCUGGGCUCGCAGAUCUCCCCUUCUCCUUCCAUCUCUGCCCCCAGUGCGUUGAGCUGGUGGGCUCCCCGGGCCCUGGAGUGUGGCAGAGCCGAGCAGGGUGGCUGGCUUGUCGGUAGAGGCAGCGCUAGUUCUCUGCUCCCCUCUGUGCACCGGGGAUCCACAGCGGGCAGGGGGGGCCGGGGAGGGAAGGAAGGAGAGUUGGUUCUGUCCUCACGCCUCGGGCCAUACAGGCAGCCCCAGUUCAACACCUUUUGUGCGACUGAGUGCUGGGCAGGUCAUGCUCUGGCGAGAGGAAUUGAUGUGUACCUGGGCUGUGUGAGGGGCUGGGACGGGUCAGUGCUGCCAGAGCUCGGGGCUCUGCGCCCAGGGCCGGCUCCUCUUUGUGCUUAGAUCGGGCCGGGUCCCUGUGGAGCUGGAAGCGGAGCUGCUCCCCCCUCCCUGCAGACGGGGAGAGACGGGGUGUCGGCACUGGCCGCAGCCCCAGGCGCCCGAGCAGUGCUCGGAGCGGGGUGCUGGGCCACGUUCAGCCCCCCCGCCUCAGUGCUCUGGCAGCUCCACGGGACGCAGUGGCAGUGGGGGGCGGCUGGUGCUGACUGUGCGGAAAGAAGCUCGUUGGCACCCUUGCCUGAGCCGCGCCGUGCUGUCCCGCGCUAACACCGUUCUCCUGACGUGCGCCCUUGGAAGAGAUCUGGCAGGAACGCUGCUGGGGGGGGGGCGGUCGUAGCUGGUGUAACUCGUGCCGGGUGUGGGGGCUUUCUUGGGACCCUCGCUCCUGGCCAGGCUUGGGUGGUUUCUGCCUCUGAGCGAGGGAGAGCGACUCUGUCAUCCUCACCCACCUGAGCAGAGCAGCCGUGCCGGCCGCAGGGCUGCUCUGUGCCCCCAGGGGAGCGGUGGGAGCAGCCCCCUGCCCACCCGUGCUCUGGGCUGGCGGGGAGGGGGCUGGCGGGGGCUCUGCCCAGCACCAGUGGGCUUUGGGAGGAGCGCGGCAGGACUUGUGGUUGCCAUUACCUUUCCUUUGUUGAGUCGUUGAGCUAUCCUGUUUUUUUUUAUUUUGUUUUUUUUUUUUUUUUUUUUUUUUCCUGUUUGUCACUUGAGGAGUGUUGUAAAUAAAAGCUGGUGUCCUUUUG